UUUUACAUAGAUAGAAAUCAAGCGCCUAAUUUGAAUGAGAUUUUUUUUAAAAUAUAUAUUUUGUAUAAAUUUGCAGAUUUUGCUGUUGCAUACAAGAUUAAAUAUAUUUAAGCAGGAUGUCAUUUGCUUUUCCGGAGAUGACUCCGGCACAGAUUUGUGCUAGUUUGAGUGAGCUGUGCAACAUUGAUCUGCAGGAGUCAUGGUUCAAAAAACCAGAUCCUUUACAGUGUCAAGAUAUUUUACGGAAAUGUCUGUGUGAAAUUACAGGCUCUCCAGAGGACACUUUACUUCAGCAACAUCUACUCUCCACUGAGUUUGACUUUCCAGAGAUACAUUCAGAGUCUGUUCCAGUCAUGCAUCUGAUUGAAGCUAUGAAGAAAAUUAUGCCUUCUUUGUAUGUAACAGACUUUAAUGGUGGCAGUAUAUUAGCUCCAACUACUGUGAAACUGAAAAAGAUUUUCAGUGCAAUUAUCAACUUUCUGAGGUUUAAACAUACACGGAUAGAGACAUAUGAAGAUAUUAAAAUAGAUAUUGAAAGAGAUCGUGAACACCAUGACACUUUAUUGAAGAGAAAUGAGGAGCAAAAACAAAGAAUAAAUCAGAUCCGAGCAGAAAGUGCACAGCAAGAACCAGAGAAGAAACGGGUACAAGAUGAGGUUGAAAAGAUCACAUUGACAAUACAGGAGCACCAUAGAAACAAACAGACAAUACAGUCCAGUAUCAUGGACAUUAAAACAAGAAUAGCCGACAAGAAAGCUAAGGGAGAUCAGUUGAAGGUUGGGAUAUUGAAGAGUAAGGAGGAUGAAGAUAAACUCUCACAGAAAAUAGUUCAGUCACCAGAGAAAGUACGAGCCCAGCAAGAACGUUUAAAGGAGCAACUGAAAUAUCUCCAGGAUGAGUUUGAACGAAAGCGGCAUAGAUUGGGGGAGGUACAGAAACAAAGACAGAGGGAGAAACAACUAGGAGCGGACGCUGAGAGGGGAUUACAAAUUCUUGAGGCCAUGCAGGCUAGCAUCAACAAGGAAAAUGAGAUAGAAGGUGAGAAGAAUCAGUUACAUGAUAAGAUAUUGGAGCACAGGGAACAGGAACGUGAACUGGCAACACGGAAGGAACAGAUACAACAGAUGUUGUCAACACGACAGGAAAAACUCUCCAAGAUGUCCGUACAACAUCAGAGUAGGUUACGUGUCCUACAAGAACAAUAUGAGAGUCUGAAAAACUCAAAAGAAGAACAGUUACAGAAACAGAAUAGUGAUUCAGAAAGAAAACUAGAGUUAUUGGAAUAUAAAAAGAAGAAAGAGCAGGAAGUUGCUAUGUUACAGAAAGCAGUAGAAAAACAGGUGAAAAACAUCAGGGAAAUGUAUGGAAAUCUGAUACAAAAGACAGACAAGUACAACAUGGAGUUUGGAACACACUGGAAUGAGAUACGUCAAAUCAACAAAACAUGAUGACAUAAUUUUGUUUGUAAGCAAUAAAAGCAUGAAUUUGUUAAAGAAUCUUAAAAAAAUAUCACAGGACUAUCUGUUUAUGUCUGUGUUAUGGCUAUUUGGGAUGAGCAAAUUUAUAUGUUAUGUUUACUGUAGUAUAAAUAUGCAAUGAUUAUUUUAUAGACAAGACAAACUGUUCCAAAAACACACUAUUUAUUUAGCAACUUUGGCUCUAUAAUCAAAGGGAAAUGGUGAAUGUUUCAAAAUACUAAAUGACAUUUUGAAACAGUUUCCCUUUGCCAAGUACCUAUUGUUGAAUUCAAGGAUUUUAUGUCCUGUAAGCUGUGUAUGAGGAGUCAACAGGAUAGAGCCUGGCUGGAGUGAUACUGAAUGGCGGUACAGGCUAAAUAAGCUGUAUAUUGUAGGCAAAACAUGCCAGAGUUACAGUAGCUGUUAGUAACUGUUUAGGCACACACUUAACAGCAUCAAAAUUAUGUUUUUAUGCUUACUUUAUAAUACCAGUU